AGGGGCAAAAAUCUCACGGAGAUUGCUCAAACUGCACAGUGCGCAUGUCCGCAGUGACGUCACACCCCUGACACACCGUUCCCCACACAAUGACAGGCGGACGGCAGCCGGAGAUGGCGGGCGGGACGGACAGGGAAAAUUCUCAGUUUCACUUCAUCGUGCCUCUAAAUGUGGGAGGUCACCACUACACCAGCACCCUCCCGAUACUGCGCAAGUUCGAGGAGUCCAUGUUGGCCGCCAUGUUUAGCGGCCGCCAUCUUGUCGUGAAGGACGACGAAGGUCGAUACUUCAUCGAGCGGGACGGCGCCAACUUUGGUCACAUUCUCAACUUCCUCCGCGAUAGUCAGUUGCCUCCUCCCGGCAAGGCCAAGGAUGUCUACAAGGAGGCGCUGUACUACGGUAUCAAGCCCCUUGCUGACAUCCUCCGCCGACACAGGUCAAUUAUCGAAGAGGAAGAAGUCGCCAAGUUCGCAGAUCAGUGCCCCAACGCCCAGGACAAGGCCGAAGAAAUCGCCUCCCUCCUCCAGAAGAAGUUUGCCGACACCCUGAGCAGGAAGAGCCGGGUGGUCUUACAGUUUACACAGGAGCUAUCGUGGGAGUCGGUCCACCAUAGCCCAAGCACCGGGAAAACCAUCGGAAACUACUACAUUCCUUACGACUUUGAUCAAGACAAGAGCCACGAGAACCACAAGUGUCCCCUGCCGGAGAUAGCCAUGGGAGAAAUGUCCGAGUCUGACAAGGGGAAGACGCUGAAUUUCUUCGGGAACUACUUCGAGAAGCUGGGGUACAAAAUGGAGGUGACUCCGGGAGAGUGCAGGGAAGAGGUGUGGUCUCAGAACAUCACCUGGCCUGGAGACGGGCUGAACUCUAUCACCAUCCACUGCACCAAGAAAAUCUACACACUCGACUUUUCUUAGAUUGUACAUGAAAACACACUAACCUUUCCAAAAGAAAAAAGUCCACAGGUUACGGGGUAAGGUGUGAAAAACAUGAAUCAUUUCUCCAAAAGAACAUGAAAAUCCUAGCCUUUCUCGGAAAAUAUCGACUUUUCUUAGAUUGUGCAUUCCCGAUAUUACCGUAAGUUUGGAGU